AUGGUUAAUCGCAAUAAUCCUAAUAAAAAUAACAAAACCGAUGCUAUCAAUAAAAAUUCGGUCAGCCCGAUUAUACUCAAUAAAAUCACAAAAAACUCCCCUCCAAGUGAUGAAUGGACUAUACAGAGUGGAAAGAAAAACAAAAGGAAUCUUUCUGACUCCUCUAACCCUACCUCACAUCAAGCAUCGGGUAAUAAAGUACAUAAAAAAUUAUUUUCGUCUUCAAACCGAUUCGAAGUUCUUUCCCAAGCAUCAAACCUAGACAAUAACCCUAAGGUUGGUCCCGACGCCAAUCUGGACACUAACACUAAUCGCGAAGUUGACCCAAUGGAUUCUCAUACAAUCAAACUUCCUCCCCCAGUUUUUGUGCGUGGAGUUGACGACUUUCCUGAAGUAUGCUAA